AUCUAUCUAUCUAUCUAUCUAUCUAUCUAUCUAUCUAUCUAUCUAUCAGGAUUAUAGGAUGGCAUUUUAGUGGCUUCAUUUCAGUAGCCUGCUUCAUACAAUGUAAAAUGUGAUUGCCUUAAUCUCUCGUUCCUCGUUUAAAAUACGGUAUAUUCACAACAUCGCAAAAAUACAAGUUGGAAAAAUGGAAAAGAAUAUCUGAUGACUUAAUCUUUUGAUGAGGUUGAUCAAAGUUGAACUUUCCAUGAACACUGGCUAAUAAUAGACAGAGCAUCAAACAAACAACAAACAUGACCAAUGAAAUAUAGCUUAGGCUACUGAAUGAUAGGCCUAAAAGUCAAACAGGCAUUCUUUAGAUGUUCUAAAACGGUAAUGCUACAUUUGUGUUGUAGCUGAUUAUCAAAGUUACUAUGGAUGCGGGCUAUCGGACGUCAUUUUCUGAAAAUAGAUGGAAAAUAUGAGAUAAUAAAAGGCACCUCUCUAAGAAUAGCAGUUCAAUCUUUCACUGGCAGGUGGCAGCAUGCCAGAAAAAGAUCCAGUUUCCUCCCCAUCCCGACCUCCAGACCUGCUUAGCACACGUGAAGCAGUCUUUUUAAAACAUAUUAGAUAACGAGUCUAAUAGGAAUACAACAUAAAGGAAAUAACCAGAAAUGACCGCGUUUGGCCUGUAAACAACGUUGACUUUAAUAAUAAUAAUCCGCGCUGCUUAGCCGUAUAACAACGCCACAGCGCCACCUGCUGGUUAGCAUCGGUAUAGCACGAACUUUACCUCAGAGAUGACCGAUACGACUUUCCCUGGACCGCCGCAUUGCACUCCGUUCUCUGGCGAGAGACGUGACUCAGCUUAAAUAUGGUGAAAAUACAGCAGUUCACCACAAAUUAAAUUAACAGACUUAAAACAAUUUCCCUUGUCAUUUAAAUACGAUUUUUUUGUUACAUUGGAUAACGAUAACCGUCAUGGAUCACUUCCGCUGUCUGUUUGAUAAACUCGACAAGAAUAAAGACGGGUUUAUAUCUACAGAGGAGCUGCAGAGUGAAAUGCGAAGGAUAGGUGUGGAACCAGUUUGCGAAAAGGUUCAAACUCUCAUGUCCAGUUAUGAUCACAAUAAGGAUGGGCGUCUGAGCUAUCAGGAAUUUCUUAUUUACAUGAUGGACAAAGAGAAGAAAUGGAAAAUAGACUUCCAUGCCCUUGACAGAAAUAAAUGUGGUACCAUUGAUCUGGAGGAUAUAAUGUCUCUGUUUAAGGAAUUAGGUUUGGUCAUAUCAAAGCCAAACGCAAAGCGGAUCAUUCAAUUGAUGGAUGAAGACAACUCUAUGACGGUAGACUGGGAGGAAUUCCUCCAGCACGUCAUCAUUAACCCGGCAGAAAACAUCGGAGAGUUGGUAUCUUCCUGGAAACAUAACCUGGUGUUUGAUGUAGGAGAGAGUCGCUCUAUGCCUGUUGAAUUAACCCAGCGGGAGACUGACCUGUCCAUCUGGGGGAACUUUAUACUGGCCGCAGGAUUAGCAGAUGCUGUGUCUAGAACCGUGACAGCACCAAUAGACCUGUUAAAGACACGACUCCAGGUCUUUGGAUCCAAAGCUGUGUCUCUGGGAUUCCGAGAGCUGCAGACGGGAGGUUUUAGAUCCUUGUGGCAAGGAAAUGCUGUAAACGUUCUUAAAGGGACACCGCAAUCAACGCUUCAGUGCUUGAUCUAUGCCCAGAUGAGGAUGUACACUCUUGGCGAGAGGGAAAGUCUGUCGGUCCAUCAAAGGUUUGGACUGGGCUGUGUGUCAGGGGCCGUGGCACAUGCUGUGUUCUACCCCUUAGAGGUGUUGAAAGUUAGACUCAAUCUCCAGCCUGCUGGUACCUACAAUGGAGUUUUGGGAUGCGCUAGACUGAUUUACCAGAACGAAUCUGUGUCAGCUUUCUACAGAGGGUUCAAACCCAGCAUACUCUGCAUGAUACCUUAUGCUGGAGUGGAAUGUGCAGUGCAUCAGUCAAUCAUGAGCUGGGCUAAACAGGAUCCCGAGCACUUGGGUGACUCCAAGCUCUUCCUCUUCAGUUUUGCAGCAUUUGCAUCAGGACAGGCCACCAGUUACCCCCUUGCUGUCAUCAGAACACACCAGCAAGCUCAAGCUUUCUGUUCAAGCUCCCAGAAGCCUGCAGACGCUCUUCAAGGACUCUUUGGAAUAUAUGAGAAAUACGGAGUCAAAGGUUUUUAUAACGGAAUGGGUGCUAGCUUUCUAAGAGCGGUUCCUUGCUGCUUACUGAAUUACACCCUUACCUCAAAAUUUGAGACAUUGUUUUCGUCAAUAUUGUAAUGUUAAAUAACGGUUGUGGAAUGAUGUCAUGAACCUUGUGUAAGUGUAUUGUUUUUGAAUUAUGUUAGAUUGCAUAUAGUGUCGGGUUAUGGUUACAAUUUACAACUAUAGUAUCAGUAUCACAUCAUAUAUGAUAUCCGAGCCUUUUAAUAAGUACCUUAAAUCCUUAAAUUAAAUAAAAUUAUAAGGUCAACUUAAACUGUCUUUUUUUAUUUUUUAUUUAGCUUUAUUCAUUUAUUUAUUUUUUUAUGCUAAGCCCCAGACGCUACUAAACACCCUUCCUCAAAAUGUGAAUAUUAUUUAUAUUCUGCAUAAAGCUUGUGUCAUAAUAUCUGUACCGAAUGAUAAAAAAAAUCUACUUCUGGCAGUACAUUUUCCAGAUGGUUCACAAAUAACUAAACUACAGGUAUACUAAAAAGUAACUUGGGUAGAGAGAUGCAGUGAGCAAAGUUUCAAAAUUGAUCGCUUCUGAACCUUUUGUAAAUAUUAAAGGAAUGGUAAUUAAAAUGCAUUCAUUAUUGGAACAGAUUUUCACAAAUUUAACAUUAUAUGACUUACUCGCUAAUGAGAUCCUCUGGGUGCCAUCAGAAGAGAGUCAAAACAGCUGAUGAAAUAAUCCACAAGUGAUCCAGAGGGGAAAAAAAACAUAGGUGAAGUGUGUUAUAGUUGUAGUAUGAGGAAGCUGUCAUAUGUCUUAUAAGGUUUUUAAAACAAAAGUCAAUUUAUAAUUUUGUUCUUAGUCGGUUUCAAACACAACAACUGUCUUAAUUUACAGGAUUAUUUCUGUAAAUCUUUAUCCAUAUCAGCAUAUUUUUUUGCAGUUGGAAAAACAAGUGAGCCUAUUCAUUAUUAAAUGUACACAGAGCACUUGAACUGUGUUAUUAAUGUGUUUCUAUAUAUCUGGUCAUAUAAUAAUAAUAAUAAUAAUAAUAAUAAUAAUAAUAACAGGCGUUCUAAUGUUUCCACAUAUACAAAAAUGACAAUCCUUCAACUAAUAACACUUAAAUUGAUUAUCAAAUGAUUUACAGUAUUACGUUUUUGAUCUAAAUUCUCUUAGGUUUAGGUUAUUUUAACAUACCGCCAAUAGAAAACAACAGUUUACCAUAGACCCAUAGGAAUCAUUUUCUC